AUGAAAAGCAAUUCAAUGCAAUUUUUAAAUAUCAUCAAACAAUUUGCAAAAGAACAAGAAAUAGGAUCUUUUUAUAUUUUAAAGGUUAUUUUCUAAUUUGCUGUCUAAUUAAAAAUUGCAAAUACAAAGAUUGAAUUAAAAACGUUUUUCUAUUGCUUUUCUAUUUCACUAUUCAAAAAUAGAAGUAUCUUGAUAAUCAUCUUAUUGGAUAUUUACUCGUACGAAGAAUAAAAUUGA